AUGGCACUGGCACGUACAUUUGCUCCAGAGCUGCUCAGCCAGCUUGCACUGUCGAUAGUGUUCACGACGCUGUCGUUCUCGGGCCCGUUUUUCAUGCAGCGCAUUUUGUGGUCGAUCCAAGAGCACCAGAAAAACCCGGCGCGUCGCGCUGGUGGACCCGACCAUGUGAGCGCCGAGGGCAAAUUGGCUAGCAUUCUGACCUCAGAUUUCCACGGCGAAUCGCCGGCGCCGCGUCGUAGCAUGAGCGAUCUGUACUCGAUUCCGCUCCAGUUUGCUAUCGGGGCCUGGUACUUGUACAGCCUGCUUGGGGAUCCCGGCACUAGUGGGCCUGGCUCUGACUGCGCUUUACUAUCCGGUGUCUGGGACGACGUCCUAUCGAUGAUCACCGAGAUGCUGAAGGGCAUGCGUGCAGUCAAGCUGUUUGGCUGGGAAGCCGGUCCCAGCAACUGCGUGGAAGUGUGGCUGCUAUAUCUAGUUACAUUGCCGAUAAACUUGGUGGUGUGGACGACGCCCAACAUUAUUUUCAUUGUGGUGUUUGGCAUCAAUAUCGGUAUUCUGGGCCAGAAACUGACGGCCGAUAUCUCGUCGCUUCUCUCGGCACUGGUGGGCGAGAUGAAACUGACCAGUGGCAGAAUAGUGCUUCCGGUCGCCGACGCUUUCCUUGCAGAUGCCCGUCAUGGCAGCCACUACCGUGACAUCAUCGCACUGACAAGACAGCAGCAUAUCGAGGCAUGGCUGCGCAAUGCGACCAUCAGGGAUAAUAUUUUGUUUGGCAGUGGCUACGACCAGAUGCGGUACGAGGAGGUUUUGCGUGUUUGUGCGCUGAAGCCCGAUCUGCGCAUUUUCCCAGCCGGCGACUUGACUGAAGUAGGCGAGCGCGGCAUUGCCCUGUCUGGCGGCCAAAGGCAGCGGGUUGCACUGGCUCGUGCUGUGUAUUCAAGCAAGCAGAUUCUGCUGAUUGACGACUGCCUAUCUGCCUCGCCGCUAAUGCAUGGCCGGACUCGCAUCUUGGUUACCCACCAUGUCUUGGCGUGUCUCAAGCACUGCGAUUAUGUCUUGGUUCUUCGUGGUGGCCAGGUGGCGCUACGUGGAUCGCCCCAGGAAAUCCUGGGUGAGCUCGACAAAUAUGACGCAGAAGGUAGCAGCGACACCACCAUGAUCGGCAAGUCAACUAGUGGAAUCAGCGACUUCACGUCUGAAGAUACCUACAACGCUGAGCGACACACUAGGACCAGUGCAGUCACUCCAGUGGUCAACGAUGUGCUAGACACGUCGGAGGAAUUCUGGAUCAAAAUCUGGAUCAACUCCCUCAACGAUCCUCUUGUCCGGUACUUGUCCAGUAGUGCAGCUGAGCCUGGUCCGGAACACUCGACUGCAUUUUGGCUGUCAUGGUUUGUGGCGAUCGGGUUCUUCGUCAGCGCGAUGCGUCUGUUGCUCCACAGGGUGAUCCACGCGAACGGCCGCUUCUUUGACACAACGCCGAUCGGCCACAUCAUCAGCCGGUUCGCACAGGACAUCAGGACCGUCGACGAGCUGCCAAUCGAGACCAUCAGCUCGGCAUUGUCGCAACUCACCUAUUCCUUAAUUGUCCUGGCCAUCAUCACCUACGUCACUCCGCCAUUUGCCAUCGUUGCUGUGGCGGUAACAGCCGGCUAUGGGUUGAUCGCCAGAUACUAUUUAGGUGCUCAGCGUGAAUUGAAGCGCAUGGAGUUGGUGACAAUGGAGCCGCUGCUGUCGCUGUUCAGCGAGGUCAUUGGCGGAGCUGAGGCUAUGGGCCGGAUGGACUUCCACAACCGGCCGUUUUACCUGAUGUGGGCGGCAAACCGUUGGCUAAGCACGAGUAUCGAAUGCCUGUCGUUGAUUAUCUCGUUUGCCACUGCAGUGGGCCUAUUUCUUAGGCUGGACUCGAUUGAUUCGGGAAUUGCCGGGUUUGUGCUCGUGUUUGCCACCGGAUUCACUGAUGCCCUAAUGAUGUCAAUUCGCAGCUAUUCUAACUGCGAGCAGCAACUUGGAUCAGUCGAGAGAAUCGACGGCUAUUUGAACAUUGAGCAGGAGCACCAUGAGGACAAGGAUGGCCUGGUCGUCGAGUACACACCCGGAGUGCCUGUUUUGCAAAGCCUGACAUUCCAUGUCAAUGCGGGAGAGAGGAUUGGCGUAGUUGGACGCACUGGCGCCGGCAAGUCAACGCUUUCGCUUGCAUUCUUGCGGUUUGUGGAGGCGGCUCAAGGUCGGAUAGUCGUGGACGGAAUCGAUAUUUCGCAGAUUGGGCUAGAGCGUCUGCGCAAUGCUAUUACGAUUAUCCCACAGGAUCCGGUGUUGUUCCAUGGCACGAUUCGGUUCAACCUCGAUCCAUUCGAUGAGUGCCCUGACGAAAUUCUGCUGGAUGCACUGCGCAGGACAUGCUUGCUUCGAGAUGAAUCCCGUACUGACAAUGGUGGUAUUGUAAUGGAUAUCCGUAUGCCUGGCGUCAUUGGCAGCCUGGAAGAUAAAGUGGAGGAGAAUGGUCAGAAUCUAUCUCUGGGGCAGCGCCAGCUGGUGGCGCUGGCAAGGGCGCUGGUGCGCCGCUCCAAGAUCAUUAUCAUGGACGAAGCCACUGCAUCUGUUGAUUUUGACACCGAUAGCCGGUUCCAGCGCUCGGUUUGCACCUCAGAGUUUGCUGGGUCGACGCUGUUCUGCAUUGCUCAUCGACUGCGGACUAUCAUCAACUAUGACCGCGUGCUGGUGCUGGACAAGGGCAAGAUUGCCGAGUUUGACACUCCUGCAGUGCUUCUGGGGAAGCGCGACAGUAUGUUCAGGACACUGUGCCAGCAGAGCGGCGAAUUCGAUCAGCUUAUAAAAUGUGUGUGCUGA